AUCUAAUCCGCGAAUUUGCGUCUUUCACGUGUGCCCUGCCUUUUUCAGUUUUCGCCUUUGCCUUGCAGCAAACUUCUUUCACUUCCUGAUUUUUUCGAGCAACAUUGAAGAGCGUUCGGCAACACUGGUAGGGCUGCAUUCGCCCACCAAUCAGAUUUGAGAAUUUCGUGGUGGGUACGUGUUCGUAUAUCUCGAAAUGUAAAUUAAAAAUUUAUUUAUUUUAACAAGACUCCGAUCGACAAUGCUACCAGAAUAUGGACCGGUAAUGCAAGCCCUUUUGGGCACGCUGUUUACGUGGGUUUUGACGGCGUUGGGGGCAGCUUUAGUCAUAUUUAUCAGAGGCUCGCAUAGGAAAUGUUUGGAUAUAAGUCUGGGAUUCGCUGCCGGGGUCAUGACCGCAGCUUCUUUCUGGUCGCUUUUGGCACCGGCCAUCGAAAUGGCCGAGCAGUCGCAAACGUACGGCGAUAAAGGGCAGUUUGCAUUUGUGCCAGUAGGCUGUGGAUUCCUUUUGGGUGCAUUGUUCGUAUAUGGAGCGGAUGUUUUAAUAACACUGUUAGGUGUACAUUCGCCUAACAUGAUGCUUGCUUUACAUUCGAAAGCAACGCGUAAAGAAAAACAAGAAAAUAAUUCAGGUAAAUCGCCUGUAUAUGCAAUUGAAACAACUGCAAUAGACGGUUUUCACGAGCAUGGAAAUAACUUGCAAUUUCGUGGACGAGUACGAGGACGUACCAGCGAUGAAAUUGUUCACUCUCAUACCUUCGAGGACGUGUCGAAUAUUGAAGAGAUCCAGCACGGCCAGUGGAGACGGAUGAUGCUGCUUGUUAUCGCCAUCACUGCGCAUAAUGUCCCCGAAGGGCUGGCAGUAGGUGUAGGAUUCGGUGCUAUCGGUAGUACAGCUUCUGCCACGUUUGAAAGUGCAAGAAACUUGGCGAUUGGCAUCGGAAUUCAGAAUUUUCCCGAAGGUUUAGCUGUUAGUCUACCGUUACACGCAGCUGGGUUUUCAUUAUGGAAGAGCUUGUGGUACGGCCAAUUGAGCGGCAUGGUGGAACCGAUCUUCGGCGUGAUGGGCGCCGUUGCCGUGUCCGUCGCUCGACCCGUGUUACCGUACGCUUUAUCUUUCGCGGCGGGUGCCAUGAUCUACGUGGUCAUAGACGAUAUUAUACCGGAAGCUAACACGAGUGGCAACGGAAAAUUGGCUACAUGGGGAGCAAUCUGCGGAUUUUUAAUUAUGAUGACCCUAGACGUUGGUCUUGGAUAGUAGUGGCAGGGGUGGUGCACGGCGAAUAGGUUAAUUGGGACAUACUUAAAAUUUUUAUCAGAUUUACAUUUCUAUCGUGACCGUACUGCCAACUACUUAACUUUUUAUUUAUAUUUAACUUUUUUUUUAAAUAGUGAGAGAGUUCCUGUACAUAAUUUUUUACGUACCUUUACCAAGAUAUAAUAUAUUUAUGAAGAAAUACUAUCAGCUGUGAUAGUAGAUUAGAGCAGACAAUAUCCGAGAUAAUUGUAGCGCUAUUUCAAUUGUAUCGCAAUUACGAACAAAAACAGUACUGAACCAA